AUGCGCGUGAGGUACGGUCCCUACCACAACCUGUACACCCGCUUGGCCUGGACGGAGAUUGCGGGGCCCGUGACGGUUUUUUUAAUGACUCUCCUACCUCCCCAAGCGCUUGUACAUGCUGUAAUGCCUCUUCCUAGGGCUGCACCUGUCCAGUUCCCCGGUGGCAGCCUGCGCGGAAGCAGACGGCCCGUCAGGACGCAGGCAGGCUCUUCCCGGUUUGCUCCAGCGGUCACGCAGCACGCCCCGUUUUUUAAAGGAACGGCCGUUGUCAACGGAGAGUUCAAAGAGCUGAGCCUGGAUGAUUUUAAGGGGAGAUACCUGGUUCUCUUCUUCUACCCUCUGGAUUUCACCUUUGUCUGCCCCACAGAAAUUGUAGCUUUCAGUAACAAAGCAAAUGAAUUUCACGAUGUGAACUGUGAAGUGGUGGCAGUUUCUGUGGACUCUCAUUUCUGUCAUCUGGCCUGGAUAAAUACCCCACGAAAGAGCGGCGGCUUGGGCCACAUGAAUAUUCCAGUUCUGUCAGAUCUCACAAAACAAAUCUCCCGUGAUUAUGGUGUGCUGCUAGAAGGACCUGGCAUAGCACUACGAGGUCUCUUCAUCAUUGAUCCUAAUGGAGUCAUCAAGCAUCUAAGUAUCAAUGACCUUCCUGUGGGUCGUAGCGUGGAAGAGACCCUUCGCUUGGUGAAAGCAUUCCAGUACGUGGAAACACACGGAGAAGUUUGCCCAGCAAACUGGACUCCAGACUCCCCUACAAUCAAACCAAGUCCAGAAGCUUCUAAGGAGUAUUUUGAGAAAGUACAUACAUAAAUGCUCAAAUACACAGAAAAAGCUCUUAGUAAUGAAGAUGUUACUUUGUGCAACUACGCAAACCUCAAGUAAAAGAGGUUGCUGAAGACCUUAAGAAAGCAGCUGUGAUUGUUUAUAAAAAAAUCAGUUCUCAUUUCCUUAUGUUUAAAAAAAAUUAAAUACUAAAACAUUUACUGAUUCCUUUGUCUUGUUUUAAAAGGAAGGUGAAGAAGUUGAGGUUUUUUUUUUUCCCCUUGGCAACUUCAGUUGCACGAAUUUCUGUAGCCGAUGGUCUUCCUGAAUGGUUAAAGUACUCAGAGUAUGCUUGCCUUCCACUAGGUUUUCCUCUCUUUUGUUAACCUGGGAAACUCUCUGGACAAGGCUAGUUUUCUUUUCUCGCCUGAAAGAUGGAAUUCUGUAAUAACAGCUUGAAAAGGCAGAGUGUGGACAAUGCAGAAAACAGUUUUGAUCCAGGAUUUGUUUUUAAUGAACUUCUCAGGGGAAGGGAUGAAUGUAACAAGCAAACAUAACCCCCAAAUUUUCCACAUAUGAAUGCACUGUAACUGGAAAUGAAUGUAAACCUACCAUUUUCCCCCCACAUAUAGUCAAAGAUACAGCACCAAAUAGAACAGGAAUGUUAACAAGCAUGAAGAAUUUAUAUUCUGCUUGCGCAACAGUAAACACUUUAAUGCCUGUGGUGUACUUACUAGAGCUUAGUGACAGUCUUCCUUCACUUAAAGAAUCGCUUAUUUAUUUGAAUCUGCUUCCAGGACGAUUUAAUGGCCAAAUGUUGUACAGCUUGGAAACAAUGUAGCCUGUCUCUCUCAAACCACGCAACGGUCAAUAAAUCCUAACACUGACUAGC